CUGCGUUCAUGUGCAUUCAUUCUCUUUUCUCAUGUACCUUCUCCACUUUCACUCUAGAUCCUACUCACUUUUUUUUAAAAAAAAAUCCAAGAUGAGCAUGUUCGGACAACAAAUCUAAAGCGUUGAUGGUAAAAAAGAACGGUAUUCAUAUGCAAUCUGACUCCCAAUGAAAGGGUCUGUUUUGUAUUAAGUGGGCAAUUAUAUGAAAACUCCGAGAAACAAAAGGAAACAAAACCGACCCAAAGGAUGAAAAGAGAGAAUGACGAACCUACCUUUGCAUGGCUCUGACUUUAGAAUGCGGCCGGGAAGACUUUCUCGAUGUAGUAUCUCUGAUCACCGGUUGAGAACCUCCGCAAAAAAUAACAAUCAGACAUUAUCAGUAAGAUACUAUCUAAUAACAUCCCGAAAGAUAAGUAGUUUCCUUAGAGAAGUAUAUAACUGUAUAAGUAAUCCCAUAAUAUAAUUUACCAAAAGAAAAUGAGACAUUUCCAUGACCUAAAAGAUCGUUGAAACUAGUUGCAUAUCAUUGAGAGUUCGUUCUGCCCCAAUGAGUAAUACAUUCGUAACACUAUGAUUGUCAUGCAAAGUGGCAAACUAACACUCAUUGGGAUUCUUGGCCGAUUGUUAUGGCCACAAUGAAUUUACAUAUAUAUGGUACAACUUUUCGUUAGAAAUCCCGGCGGAUUGUUAUGGCCACUAGUUUUUGGAGCUUAACCUAACCACAUAUAUAUGUUUCUUUCAGCCAGUUCAUUUGUAUGAUACUUUAGUUUUUAGUAAAAACUUCAACCUAAGUACCCAACAUGCAUGUGAACGAGAACCUAAAAUCGAGGGACAAAAUUAUAGGAAUGGCAUUGGGUCACGACGGUGUGGAUAACUCGCCGCUCAUGUUUGUCUUGUGCUAAACGGUGAUCAUAUCGGAUAAUACUUGCACUAGUAUAAGGUGGGAUAAGUGAAUUCAUUCUCACGUAUUAUUUAGAGAAAAGAAAAGUAAUGACUUGGGAGAAAACAAAGAAAAUCACUUGGCAAAUGAGAGAGGAAACAAAAAAAAUAGUAUAUUAACAUUGAGUAUGAUAAUUAGUUUGAAAGAUAGAAAUCUUGCAAUUCAAGAUUUUAUUUGGGAUGAAAAAUAUGAUUUAAUAAGAGUCUAUAGAUGAGAAAAAAAUAAUAAAACAGGUUGAGGAUCAUGAUAUGCCCCUCUUUCCAUCUUACAACGAGGCAGAUAAUACCCGCAUCAAAAUGUGUUAGGACAAGUCGAAUUGCGAUAGUCAAAUCAGAAUUAUCGUCACUAGAGAACAAACAGGCAGUCUAGUUGCUCUAGUAAAUCGUAGGAGGAAAAAAAAAACAAGCAAAUCAUCUAGAUCUAAUUAGUAAAGAUCUAGCUGUGAUCUAGAUUAACUAGCUAGCGUUUUGUAAUUAACUACCCAUUGGAGGCCACUAGUUUCCAAUCAAUAUCCAUACAUGAAAGAAGAAAAUUUGCACACAGAAAUGGCCAAAUGGGUAGGGAGUCGAUCUAACAAGACUUUUGUCGAUACACUAAAAAAAAAAAAACUUGGGACAAAACACAAAUGACCCCACUACUCUUGUGAUUUAGGAAUUAUUGUACAAUUUUUGUUUAUUAUAUACAAUUUUAAUAACCUCAUACUCUUUUUUUUUUUUUAUUCCUAGGAUAUUAUAUAAUUUUUCAUACAUAUCCUUCUUCUUCUCCUCUCCCACCGUUUUAUAUAAAUCAGUGUUCAUCUACACACUUCACCCAAGUUUUUUCUUCACACACAAACAUCCGAUAUGGCUUCCCACGGCAGCCUCACCGUCUCCACCGCCGCCGCCUCUCCCAAGGGCGGCAGCGACUGCGGCAAGACGGCGGCCGGCGGCGGCGGCGGAGGACAGUGCUUGUGCUCCCCAACGACGCACCAGGGAUCCUUCAGGUGCAGGUUUCACCGCGCACCGUCGUCGGGCUGGAGCAAGAUGAUGAAGAGAUCUUAUUCCAUGCCUGCGAAUGGUUCUUCUGAUAAUAAUAAUAACAACUCAUCUUCUCCUCCUCCUUCUUCUGCUGCUACUCCUUCUUCUGCAUCUAUGGCUGUUGAAUCCACUUGAUCCUUCUUUUCUUUUCUUUCUGGUUUUGGGUCAAGUUUGAGAUGUGUUCGGUGAUGAUGGUAUAAUAAUAUAUAUAUUAUGUAAAUUCGAGCACUUUGAUCCCAAAUUGAAUUUGUUUAAUCUCUGUUCUUGAUUGCUCCCCUUGAUCUUGUUUUUAUGCUUAGUGUAACCCUUUUGAGGGCUUGCAAAAAGAUUAUUGAUAGUUUAGUAGUGUUUACUAUGUGAUAUGUUGGAUAUUUGAUUUAGUAGUAAUGGUUGGUUAUAAUUGCUGAUUUUUUAAGGUGAAACUUGGUUAGUAAGGGGAAAGAGAUGAUUGCGAUUGGGUUGGGGAAAUCUGAUGUGGUGGGUUUCGGUUUGGUUUGGUUUGGUUGGGCCGAUCAGUAGUCGCGGGUUGAGUUGAAAAUUUGAAGUGGCGGGUUGGGUUGAAUUUUUUGGGUGAAAACUGGCUUACUAAGCAUUUUGGUUAGCCACAUCGGUAAAAAAAAAUGAAUUAUGUUAACACAGGCUAGCGAAGGUUACGACCAGUGAUCAAACUUGGAUUAUUGAACUAAUCUUUUAUGGCAUUAAUAAAAUAAAAAAAUUAAGGGAUAAAUAUGAAAUAAUUUAGUAAUUUCAAUUAAUGAAUUCGUAAGUUAUCC